GUGACGUAAACGUUGCGUCACAUUCGUCCAAUAUGGCGGACACUGAAAACACAAACAUGGACUCCGAUAAAAGUAAAGCUUCUAAUGCGCUUAAACACCGCGGAGGAGAAGACCCACAGAGAAAAGACAAACCCAAAGACGAGAAAGAUGUACCUGAAAAGUGCACCACCGCGGAGUAUUGUGAGAAGUUACAGGCGUGGAUGUGCCAAUACUCCACCGGCUAUGUGACUUGGCAGAGCUGGCUGGCGGCGUCAGCAGCCAUGUCCUACCCGUGUGUUCUACAGUCAGCAAACGUACCGUCGACAUCGCGUCUCGAUCCCAGCGGUCAAUACUUCGGUGUCCCGUCAUCGCUCAAUCCAGCCACCUCUGGAUCCCCGAGUAGCCGAAGAGGUGAAGCCGCGGGCGGGGCUGCAGUGCCCACUCAGCCGCAGCAGCUGCCACAGGAGAAUGGCAACGCACGUAGGCCAGGUCGAGAGUACACCAUCCCCUCACCUCUCCAAAGACUCCUGGCUGAAGUGGUGGACUUUUUCAUUUUGUUUUUUAUCAAAGCAACCAUUAUCAUUAGUAUUAUGCACCUGAGUGGAAUAAAGGAUGUAUCGAAGUUUGCGAUGCAUUUUAUCAUCGAUGAAAUAGAUGAGGAAACGUCGAUGGAGGAGUUGCAGAAAAUGAUGCUGGUUGCUCUCGUGUACCCAAUAUUAGUUUGUUUUUAUGAGAUUGUGUGUAUUUGGGGAGCUGGAGGAGCCACCCCAGGAAAAUUCCUUAUUGGACUCCGUGUUGUGACAUGCGACUCUUCGGUUCUGGUUCAGCCCAACCGGGUUCUCGUGGUGCCGGCAACUGAUGUGUCUCUGUCUGCAUCAACUGUGCGAGCCCUGAGCAAGAACUUUUCAAUCGCCUUCUUCUUCCCGGCUUUUGUCACGCUUCUGUUCUUCCAGCAUAACAGGACUGUGUACGACAUGGUCGCUGGCACCAUUGUUGUCAAGCGGUCCAGGGUCAGAUGACCCGGAUGAGAAUUUCCGCCAUCUGCAGAUCGCAACUGCGUCAAGUGUUUGAAAUGAAAUGUGUGAAGGACUUAUUUCUGGUCAUUGUGCACCAGAACUCGACAAUGAGGGUCUUAUGGAUCGGUGCUUCAGAACCUUGGUUUGUGUUUGCCCAAACAGCUGCAUGAGUCUCUGUGCCAAGUUCACGUCUCUUCCUCAAAUAUGAGGAGGAAUGACAGCUCGUGAUUUGCCUUUUUUUUUAAAAAAACAUUUGAAAUCAAGGGUGAUUGAGAAUUGAAACAUUUGAUUUUUGGACUUGGCUCAUUGUUUUAGGUGCUCUGGUGUUCUGAAGCCUGAACUCUUCCUCAACUUGGUACGUUCUGGUAAUCCACAGGAUUUCUGGAGACUUAAAAUAUUAGAAGAAAAGUCACAAAUUGUUAUGGUUGAAGUACAGACAAUGUUUCAGAAUGCAAGUGAACAUACGUUGUGGUUGAGGAAUGAGUAGAAACCCUUUGUACCAAGUCCAAAUUAUCGCAUUAUAAAAUCUUCAGAAACUGUACAGACAAUGUUCUAGGCUAUGUUUUAACAUUCCUAAUGAUCAUUCAAGUGUUAAAUGAAGUGAAGCAGACUUAAGUUAUAAUACUGAAAUGUAAAAACAAAAAGUCAAAGAUGUAAAGAGAAGAUAGUUCACAUACAUUUUGUUAACGUUCUUAAAAAAGAAGUUAAUUAUUGUUAAAAAAUAAAAACGCUCCAUUAGUUUUGAGUGAUAAUUUGGCACUGAAGUCUUACUGUUUUGAAUAUUAGUCUGCUUACUUUCUUAAUUUAUUUUUUCCUUUUAGAGUUUUCAAUCUACAACCUGGCAGCCUGGUCUAUUUACUUUGCUGUUUGUACAAUAAAUAAAUAUGUAUAUAUACACACCACUAACUGCAAGAUGAGCGCAAAUACAGGGAAUGUUCUGUUGUCCAAAAGACCACUAAGUGCAUGAUUGACCGCCAUUUUGUCAAACGGUUGUUUCUCUGAUUAUUCUUUGGCUCAACAGAUGCAAAAUAGUUUGCCACAAAUGUUAUUUAACUAAAAUAAACGUAUUUGUUUUCAAUCA